AUGGUGCAGAAUUACAAUGUUGCGUCUUCUAGUAAAGCUGAAGCUAAAGUCGACUCGUGGACAAAACCCUUGGGUGACUGGAUGAAGAUCAAUGUUGAUGCUAGUUUUUUUGAGGAUGGUCUGCGUGGGUCGGUAGGCGCGAUUAUUCGGAAUUCCCGGGGGGAGUUUGUCGCAGCUGCGAAUGGCCCCCUUGAUCUAGUUGCGGAUGUUACUUCCGCGGAGUCUGCAGCUGUUCUUCUUGGGCUGGAGUUGGCGAUCACGGCGUGCUGUUCCAGGGUCGUUCUCCACUGCGAUAAUGCUAAUGUGGUUGAAAUCUUGAAGGCGGGGGAGAAACACUACGGUCCAGCGACUGCUAUUUUCGAAGAUUGCUUCUCCCUGUUUAAAGACUUCACGGGGAUUGUUAUUGAUCACUGUGGUCGGUCCUCUAAUAAGGUUGCUCAUGAACUUGCUAGGCAGGCUGGUUUCUCUCCGGCGGGAACAUGGAUUGAUUCUCCUCCCCCCUGCAUAAUCCCCCUUCUUCUUGAUGAUGUAACUUUGGUUUCCAUUAAAUAA